AUGGAUAAGUUUAAGAUGGUCUUUCAAUAUUUCCAGUCGAACUCAGAAUCGGUCAUGAAUGGAAUUUGUGGAAUCUUAGCCUUGGCGAGCGUUAAGAUUUACAACUCUUUGGAUUUUAACUGCCCGUGUUUACCAAAGUAUAACAUGAUCUAUGGCAUGGGGAUUAUGUUUGUGCCGCCCGUGGCUCUAUUCCUCGUCGGCCUUAUUGUGAAUAGGCAAUCGGUGAUUAUGAUCGAAGAAUGGCAAAGACCUACCGGCAACCGAAGAAAAGACCUGGCUGUUGUAAGGUACAUGUGCAGCUCUGUUCUCCAGAGAGCCAUGGUCGCCCCUGUUGUCUGGAUUCUUACCACGCUCCUCGAUGGAAAUUGUUUUGUCUGUGCGUUUAGUGGAUCCGUUGACCCAGAAAAGUUUCCUGGUUUUGCAAAUGACAGUUCACCCGAACUGCAGUUUCUGCUCUACAAGGUUCCCUGUAAAGAAGAUGUACUGAUUAGAAAUAACACUUCAAGGAAAGCCGUUUCUAGAUAUCUAAAAUGUUGGUCGCAGGCCAUUGGAUGGGGAAUUCUUUUACUCCUGAUUAUACUGGCCUUUCUAGCCCGCUCCCUCAAGCCUUGCUUUGACCAGACCGUCUUUCUCCAGACACGCUACUGGAGCAACUAUAUUGACAUUGAGCAGAAGAUAUUUGAUGAGACGUGCUGUGAGCACGCACGGGACUUUGCCCACAAAUGCAUCCUCUAUUUCUUUGAGAACAUGCACCACGAAAUGAAGGCUGGACAUUUCACCCUAAAGAAAAAGAAUGAGGAUGAAGUAGACCAUUUGCGUGGGAUCACUGACCACGAACAAGUGAACAAUCUCUUAAAAUCUUGGUACCAAAGCAAACCUCCCCUCUGCGUUAAUCUUCCCACACUGAGACAGCAUGUCAAAGCCAAAAAUGGUACCUGCAACAUGGAAGUCAAUGCAGACAAACAUACAGAUGUAUGAUUUCAUUGCAGACUGACAAACACCCAGUGUUCCAUUCCAACAAAUAUAUGUUGCCGCUCCUCAAGCCUAUAAUACAUUGUAUGAUUGCUUCUUCUGACAUCGUUUAAAACCCGUCAAGUCAUUUCCCGAAUCUGAAAGCAAGCAAAAACUUCAAAUGAUGGUGAGAGGGUUCCUCUGACUUGGUGGUCUAGGCUGAGGAACAACAUCCUCAUGGUCCAGAAAAUAAGCCCCUGGUCUUGUCCAUGUAUGUUUAGAUUCCUCCACCGCAUUAACCUCCUUAGCUGGAAGGUUGUUCCAUCUACUAAUCACACGAAGAGAUCAACAAUAACACGAAGGUGAAGACAUCCUCCACCCGUUACAUAUCAGUUAAAUAUACUAGUGUCCCCAUAAAAAC